CACAUAUCCGCACACCAACAAACUCGCUAUCCAUGCUCCGUUAGCCAUUCACACUAAUACAUAGACAUGCCACUUUUCUCUACAAAAGGCAGCAGCUGCCGGCAAUUGGCAGCCAAGCGGCCACCCAUUCGUAUAUGUGCGUGAGAUACUUAAAACAUGCGUCUAGUCAAUGAAUUUUGCAAACAAGUUAGUAUUAAGAAAAUUCUAAAAUCGUUCUAAGAGUUUAGUCAAUGUAAGUUAUUCAAAAUCGUUCAAAAGUAUUAGUGUAAGUGAUCGUGCUAAAUAUAUAUGCAUUAAAAGAUCCUCUACUUUUAACUAAACUUCUGUGAAGAUAGGAAAAUUACUUCCAUAGAACCGUGCAUUAAAAUCUAUUCGGAUAAAUUAAGGACUAAAAUAUCUUCUGCAUCCCUGGCUGCAAUACUUACAAUAGCGACGUGUACGUACAUACUAUACGGAUAGGCGAGGAAACCUGAAUUCACAUGUAUGAACAAGAUUCAGAAGGUAUAAAUUUUGGCUUGGGUGAAAACUUCGACAGUAUCUUUCGAGCUCUUGUCGAAGUAACUUCUAGUGAAUAUUCAAGAUGACUGGUCGUGGAAAAGGUGGCAAAGGAUUGGGAAAAGGAGGAGCAAAGCGUCAUCGCAAGGUUCUUCGUGAUAACAUCCAAGGUAUCACAAAACCAGCAAUCCGUCGUUUGGCUCGUCGAGGUGGUGUGAAGCGUAUCUCAGGUCUCAUCUAUGAGGAAACUCGUGGUGUCUUGAAAGUGUUUUUGGAAAACGUUAUCCGUGACGCUGUUACAUACACUGAACACGCCAAGAGGAAGACCGUCACCGCCAUGGAUGUAGUCUACGCACUAAAACGCCAAGGACGCACCCUCUACGGUUUCGGUGGUUAAGCGAAUACAAUACCGAACAAUAUUGUUCGAAGAGAAUUGCAGAAAACGGCCCUUUUCAGGGCCAAAG